AUGGCGCAAAACUACUAUGACAUUCUCGGAAUCACCCGAGAUGCAACUGCCGAGGAAAUCAAGAAAGCUUACAAGAAGGCUGCAUUGACUCAUCAUCCAGACAAGGGUGGAGAUCCGGAGAAGUUCAAAGAAUGCGGCGCCGCUGUGGAGACACUUACUGACGAUAGGAAGCGUGCCGCAUACGAUUCAACGCUGAUCCGUCUGCGCUCGAAGGAUGGGCUCGGGAGUGGUCCUUUUCGCUUCAACCGCGAUGCUUCCAUGGAGCGGCCAGCAGCACGGCCGGCGCCACCAGCGCCGCCAGCUGCAGCUUCCACGCGGGCGCCCAGCGCAGCGGCACCUCCAAAACCGCGGGCGCCGAGUGGUGCAGUGGAAAUCCCUUCUGACCCAGGCAGUCUCUCCAUCAAGGAGCUCAAAGAAUUGCUGACAGCCCUGGGCAUCGAUCAUGACGGCUGCCUCGAGAAGGCAGACCUGUUGACACUUCUUCGGGACCGGAAGGAGCGUCGAGCAGGCGAUACCCCAAGAGAGGCGCCCUCAGCAUCUGCUUCUGGAAGACCACAGGCCCAGCCCGCAAGCUCGGCAAGCUCAACGCAGUCAUCUACUGGUGCUAAAGCUCUGCGUGUGAAGAUCAUGUCCAUAGGUUGCGCCACUGUUGGGAAGAGCACGCUCAUCAAGAGAUACUGCGAGAACCGGUUUGUGCAGAAAUACAUUCCAACCAUCGGCAUCGACUACGGCGUGAAGCCUGUCCGAGUUCUGGGGCACGAGUUGAAGGUAAACUUCUUCGACACGUCAGGAGGUGAAGAGUUCCGGGACAUUCGAACUGAAUUCUAUUCAAUGGGUCAGUCAAACGCGGUGCUGCUCGUUUUUGACGUGACGAACCGAAAAAGUUUUUCUGAGCUUCCCGCCUGGCUUGAGGAGGCAAGUCGACACCAGUGCUCUCUGUCUCGCUCGGAGAAGACAUCGACAGGUCCUCCAGCAGUGGCGCUCUGCGCCAACAAGGUUGACCUCGGAAGGAGAGUGGUGACAAGGGCAGAGGGCGAGGAGUUUGCCAUUGCGCAUGGCAUGCGCUACUUUGAGACCUCUGCUGCAACCGGCGAUGCUGUCACGGAUGCCAUGCAUUACCUCUUUGAGCAAGCAGUGAGCCACCAUUUGGAGUUGGGCCGAAAGAUAGCGAUGGCUGCUGGCUGA